AUGGUUCGCAGGUCCUUGGGGCACCGCUUCCCGGUUCGCAGCUUUGCUGCUAUGGCUCAGCCUCAGACGUUCGCCAUCUACCGAUAUGACCCAGACAAGCAGGCCAAGCCUUUCUUGCAGGACUACAUCAUUGACCUCAAGGCUUGUGGCCCAAUGAUUCUUGACGCGUUGAUCAAGAUCAAGGAUGAGGUCGACACCACGCUCACCUUCCGCAGAUCCUGCCGCGAGGGCAUCUGCGGCUCCUGCGCCAUGAACAUCAACGGGAAGAACGGCCUCGCGUGUUUGCUUUACAUCGAGCCCAGCCCGGCUGCCAUCGAGAUUCAGCCCCUGCCGCACACCUAUGUCGUGAAGGACCUUGUGCCCGACCUCACGAACUUCUACAAUCAGUACAAGUCAAUCGAGCCCUGGCUGAAGCGGAAGGACACGAAGGCCAAGGAUGAGAAGGAGUACUUCCAGAGCCGCGAGGACCAGCUGUGA